ACCUGGCAACCCUGUAUAGGAAUCAUGGCGUUGGCAGCGGGUGGGUCGCUGCGCUCAUUCCUCCUCAGGAACGCGGCCAAAUUCAGCCGAACUCCGGCUUUAAAACCCCGCGGAGUGACCGGAUCCGCCCCGGGAAGAACCGCCGUCACCUCCACCUCCGGAGCGGUGCUGCCGAAACCCGACAAGACCCCUUUAGGCCUGACGCGGAUGACUAUGGUGGUGGUCCCAUUCCUUUAUCUUGGCACCUGCAUUAGCAAGAAUUUCGCCGCUCUACUGGAAGAGCAUGAAAUCUUCGUUCCUGAUGACGAUGAUGACGAUUGAACACCAUGUUUAAAGAAUAAAUGAAGAGAUAUUCAUAUUGAAGAUGACGCUAAAGGAGGGAUCAAUGCAAUAUCUUACAUCAACCCAUCUCCUUCUGUUUACACUCCACCGUUCAUCACCUGAUGCCAAAGUUUGCUUUUAGUUAAAGUCGCUUUUUACAGUUAAAUGUGAGGCACACCCUGCUCUGCCUCGCUCGUGUUCGCAUGUACAGUUUUGAUUUUAUGAAAUAAAACUUCAUGACUGUU